CGCAGCGAACGGAUGACCGUUGAGGUGUUGUCGACUACGUUAGUAUCGUGCCUCUGAUAUCAUCUAUUGUAGUGUGUACUCAUUAGUGUUUUGUGCUUUAUCUAUCAAGAUGGAGAAAAACAUUAUGUGCAACACAAACGAGGAAUUCAUAAAAAUAAAAUUGCAGGAAUGGAACUUAUCUAAAUGGUAUGAUCGAUUUAUUGAGGAAGAUAUUGAUAAAGAAACUUUUCUUACUAUUAAUGAGACUGAAGUGGCACAAAUAAUAUCUACCAUUGGAGGCAUACGCUGUUUUCUUGAGAAGAGGAAACUAUUGAUAGAAAGUAUAAAAGACGACUCACACCAGACAUCGGAUAAUGUCAAUCAAUCGGCAAAGUUUUCCAACAAAAAUGAACAAUUAUGGAAACCACUUAUAACAAAGACAGAGUCCCUUAAUUGUGAACAAAGAAAAAAUGAAGAAUCAUUUCGUGAAAAAAGCAAAGUUGGGUUUUCUAAAUUAUCCUGCAGUAAUGCUUCUACAUAUACAAAAGAACAUCCUACAUGUAAAGAAAUAUUAAAUACAACAUUUACUGAUAGUUCUGAUGCUGAAAGUUCGCAUAGCAGUGAAAAUAGUUCAAACGAUUCAUCAGAUGUAUCAAAUACUAAAAAAGCGAAUAUAGAUUUUUCAUUAAACAAAUCUGAUAAAAAAAUAGAAUUGAAGAAAAUUAAUAACGGUCAGAAAUUAAACACAACUUCACGUAUUUCUCCAUAUUAUUCUAAUUCAGCAACAAUUGAAAAUGUGGUUUCAGAUCUUCCAUUAAACACAGCAUUUACUAAGAGGGAAGUGCAUGUAAGACUAAAGUCAUCUACACCUAAAUUUGUAUCAAAAUCAGAUUAUAUUGACGACGAUUUGAAUAGAGAUAUACUAGAGGAUAAUUUGGAUUUUGUUGAUAUAAGUGAUUCAUUGAACAAACAAUUAGAAAAUAAAAAUGACCUGCUUCAAAUUCAGUCAAAGCUAAAGAAAGGAUACAAAAACGAGAACAACAACGAGAACAACAGCAACAACGAGAACAACAGCAACAAUGAGAACAACAGCAGCAAUGAAAACAACAGCAACAGCAUCAGUAUAUAUGCCCCCAGUAUGCUUUCCAGUAACAUCAAGAUGACAGAAACUAAUGCUGCAGUAAGUGACGAUAGCUUUGUAAAUGAAGUGCCACAUUUAUAUAGAGCAUGCCUCCUAAUGUGCACAAGUACAAACUCUCAAGGAAAAGCUGAAUCAAACUCUACUAAUGUGAUUCAAAGGCAAGUGAAAUGCUGA